AUGGCAAUUGCGGCCUGCAGCAGCGGAGGAUGCGGCUCUAGCCGUGCUAAUGCGAAGACGAAGAUUGAUUCUGGCAUCCUUCAGCAGCACCGAUUCAAGGUUUUCAAAUUUACCUUCUGCAAAUACUUCUUUAAGGGCAAAUGUACUCGGGGAAACGGGUGCACCUUCGCUCAUGGAGUUGAGGAGCUGCGAGAGCGCCCUCAGUUGAGUAAAACCCGUAUAUGUGAGAAAUGGCGGCAGGGCACCUGCGAGCACGUUAACUCCGAAAACUGCAGGUUUGCUCACGGCAAGGAAGACCUGAGAAUUGCGAAACCUGGUAUUUGCGACCUUCACAGACAAGGCAAGUUACAUGCACGCGUCUUUCAAAGGCAUUUAGCCAUCGAAGAUGCCCAGGAAAUACCGUGA